UGUGAAUAGUUCUAAAUAAAAUUGUACAACUUUCUUGAACGAUUGGGUUUUUACUGCUGUGAAAAAUUCUAUGUAAAAAGUAAAACAUGUUUGAAACGAUCAUGCGGAAAACCUGGGAGACUUCUUCAAAUACAACAACACCUGUCAGUGGUAACAGUGCCAUUGAGAUCCGUGAUGCCUUCAUGAGAUACGACUCCACAGCAGUGUUCCAAGGCUUGAACAUGACUGUCCAGCAAGGAACAAUUUACGGAUUGCUGGGUCCCAGUGGCUGUGGCAAGACUACCUUGCUUAACUGUAUCACAGGCAUCACAACUUUGCAUGCCGGAACUAUCUUUGUUAAAUGUCAACACCAGAAGCAGAUCGGCUACAUGCCACAGGAAACUGCAUUGAUGGAGAAGUUCACAAUUUCUGAAGUGUUGCAUUACUUCGGAAAAAUUUACGAAAUGGAUUGUGAUGAAGUGGAUCAAAGAGCUAAACUUCUCCUGAACCUAGUUGAUCUGUCAUUGGGGCAGUUCUACGAUUGCUACAUUACAUCCCUAAGUGGAGGACAGCUAAGAAGAGUAUCACUACUAGUGGCACUAAUUCACGACCCAGAUUUAUUAAUAUUAGAUGAACCAACAGUAGGACUUGAUCCUGUGACAAGAUGCAGUCUGUGGAAAUAUUUCUUGAGGGCAGCAGAAGAACAAAACAAGACAAUUCUAAUCACAACACAUUACAUUGAAGAAGCAAGAAAAUCCCACCAGAUCGGAUUGAUGAGGGGUGGAGUAUUACUGGCUGAAAGUCCUCCAGAAAAACUUCUCCAAGAGUUCAAAAGCUCUUCAUUGGAGGAUGUGUUUCUUAUACUGAGUCAACACCAAAUGGAAUCCCCUGUAAAAAAGGUAUUUCCAAAAUCAAAGACAGCACAACUUCCAAACUUCACAAGAAAAAACUACUUUUGUAACUUCAAUAGGCUGUGUGCGCAGACGAUGAAGAACUUUUACUGGAUGAAAAGGAAUGCAUGGUUGUUGAUAUACAUUCUUCUUCUUCCCGGAAUGAUGUCUUUCUUAUUCUGCAUGUUGCACACCAACAAUCUUCGAGGCUUGCACAUUGCCUUAGUUCCAGAGGAUUUUUGCGCAAAUCACAUAAGUACAGAACCAAAUUGUAGUACUGACUACAAAAUCAGCUGCGCUUUCGAACAACUGAUGAAGGAUAAAGGCUUUAUUGUGAGUGAGUAUGCAGAUCUAGAAACUGGCAUGAGAGCAGUGGAAAGAGGUCACUCGCUAGCCGUUCUCUACUUCAGUCAUAACUACACCUCGGCCCUGAACGACAUCUUCUCUAGUUCCUUCCAAGAUCCACCGACCAACGAGACUCUGAACGACUCUCAGAUCCAAGUCACAAUGGAUAUGACAGAGAAAAUUAAAGCAAGGCAGGUGGUAUCAGCGGUGGAGGAGACGUUCAAUGAUGUACAGACACAACUAAUUAAAGGUUGUGGCUACAAGACAGCGGCUUAUCAAAGUUUAGUCAGGGAACCAGUAGAAGUUUAUGGAGCCGACUCUAUAGACUUUGUUCAAAAUGCUCUGCCAGGUUUCUUAAUUCCGUUGGUGUUUUUCAUGGCUACUUCAUACACGUCUACAGCAGUAGCAUCGGAAAAGAAUACAGGAGUUUUCCAGCGAAGCCUUGUUUCUGGUGUAACCAAGCUGGAGAUGAAUCUAGCACACACAGUAAUCCAACUGUUGGUGUUGCUGGUGCAGAACUGUGUGUUGAUGGUGAUCAUUUACACCAACAUUCACAACUUUAUGCGAGGCAGCAUACUGUUGGCAUCUUUCCUUGUCAUAUUGGCAGAACUCCAGGGGAUGUUAUAUGGUAUUUUUCUGGCUUCUAUUAUAAAGAAGGAGAACCACCUCACGAACACAACAGUGGGAACAAUUAUGACACUUUUUCUCACCUCAGGAAUGAUAUGGCCAAUAGAAGGCAUGGUUCCUGCACUCAAGUUCCUUGUUGACUACUCUCCCCUGACAAUCGCAGUCGAGGCUUUCCGCAGCGUCUCCAUCCGAGGCUGGGGUUUGGAUAAUCCCAGAGUGUUUUCUGCGUUUCGAUACAAUUUGGCAACCAUCGUAGUCUUGAUGAUAGCCAACAUCUUGUCUGCCAAGAGAAGCCAAGCUCAUUGAAAUUUUAUUCUUGUACUAUAAAAUAAUAAAAAUUGUUUAGUCUGUAUGCCAAAACUAAAGAACUCAUAAAAAAUGUAAGCUCCAACUCAAACAAUGAACAGACUUAUAGUUACAGAAGCUAGCCUACUUUUAACUAAGUCAACUUCUUAACUGCCUAUUGUAUUUUUUUAUGCACAUUACAAAACAAGGUUUAAAUCUAUCUUCUCUCGUUAAACUUUUUAAAUUUUCUUCAAAAGCCCUAAUAAUUUCAUUUAUAUAAAGAAAGUGACUAAGUUAUGUUUAAAAACUAAAAAAUCUAUAAGUAUGUUCCAUCCUUGACCAUGUAAAGGUAAAAAGCCUUAGCUUUGAUACAAGUUUUUUCCCCUUAAAGUAAAGCCUCUCGAUGCCCUUUUCCUGCUAAACAAAGUGGUUCAACACAACCAGAUAAGGUGACUAAUAUGAGAACAUCAAACUAGGUACCGGUAACCUAUCCAUAACUACUGCACUCUUAGUACAGAAAAGUGCAGCUGAUCUCAAUUGUUUCAGUAACCUUGGAAACAAAAUUAAAAUUUACAAAAUCUAAAUACAAGGAGCCUUUCAAAUUCAUAUAUUAAAAGUUUGUUUCAUCAUAAAGUAAAUAUGGACAAAGAAGGAAAAACCUCAGGUUCUAAAAUCACCAAAAGCAUGGUCCCGAAGCCCACGAGGAUGCCAUACAUAAAUUUUGUGCAAGCCUUCCGCAACUCUCAUCCAGGCGAGUUUGGUCCAAAAGAGAUGAUCAGUGAGGCGGCUGCGGCUUGGAGACAACUGUCCGACAGUGAGAAGAAGCCAUUUGUAGAUCUAGCGGCUACCCAGAAGGCCAAACAGCCUCGACAGAAGAAAGUCAAGCGGCUCAGAAGACGAAGAGCUGACAGUGAAUACUCCUACUACUAAGUUGUUAAGGCUCUUAUACCAAAUUUUUAGUGAAUAUGCGUCUGAUUUUGGGACAUAAUGUAUGCAACAACUUUUAAAAAUUAAUAUAUUUUUUUUUCUUCAAAA